GUGUGUGUGUGUGUGUGUAGGAAGGCCGGCGCCCGUGUCAGCGAGCCGCAGAGCGCCGCCGCCCGCGCUCAAACGGACAUGUUGGAGCCCCGCGCCGCCGCCGCCGCCUCUUUCUCCUCAGCCUCGGAACGGGACUGAGAGGGGGGCCCCGCCGAGCCCGCCGCCGCGGCCCGCAGCGGCUUCCCGCCCGGCCGUCCCCCGCCCCCGCCGCCCUUCAGGCCCGGCCCGUUUCCCCUCGCCCCUCCCCGCGCACCCCGACCCCGCUCCGCCGCGGCGCGAGCUGCUUAUGUGACCGGCGGGGCCCGGAGCCGCCGCCGCCGCAGCGCGAACAUGGACGCCGUCAACGCCUUCAACCAGGAGCUCUUUUCACUUAUGGAUAUGAAACCUCCCAUCUCUCGAGCCAAGAUGAUACUCAUCACAAAAGCUGCUAUUAAGGCUAUUAAGCUUUAUAAGCAUGUAGUUCAAAUAGUAGAAAAGUUCAUCAAAAAGUGUAAACCAGAAUACAAAGUUCCGGGAUUAUACGUUAUUGACUCAAUUGUACGACAGUCUCGUCAUCAAUUUGGAACUGAUAAAGAUGUUUUUGGGCCAAGAUUCUCUAAAAACAUAACCGCCACAUUCCAAUAUUUAUAUCUUUGUCCGUCUGAAGAUAAGAGUAAAAUAGUUCGUGUGCUAAACCUGUGGCAAAAAAAUGGAGUGUUCAAAAUUGAAAUUAUUCAGCCUCUUUUGGACAUGGCAGCAGGAACCAGUAAUGCUGCCCCAGUAGCAGAAAAUGUGACGAAUAAUGAAGGCUCACCUCCACCUCCAGUUAAAAUUUCUUCUGAACCCCCACAAGCCACUACGAACUCUGUACCAGCUGUACCACAGCUGCCAAGCUCUGAUGCCUUUGCUGCUGUGGCUCAACUGUUUCAGUCAACGCAAGGGCAACAGCUUCAACAGAUUCUUCAGACUUUUCAACAACCCCCAAAACCACAGUCUCCUGCCAUUGACAAUGCUGUGAUGGCUCAGGUUCAGGCCAUGACAGCUCAGUUAAAGACAGCUCCUACACAACCACCUGAGCAAAAAGCUGCUUUCCCCCAGCCUGAACAAAAAACUGCGUUUGACAAGAAGCUACUUGAUAGAUUUGAUUAUGACGAUGAGCCAGAAGCUAUGGAAGAGUCAAAGAAAGAAGACGCUGCUGCCGGCACUGUGCCCGUUGCUGCUGCCCCUCCUAUUCCUCCUGCCAUGCCCGCUGCUGCCGCCGCCACACCUGCCACUUCUCCCCCACAAGCACCCUUUGGAUUUCCUGGAGAUGGCAUGCAGCAGCCAGCAUACCCACAGCCACAGACUAUGGAGCAGUUUCAGCCUCGACUGAUGCCGAUGCAGCAGGAUCCAGUGCACCAUCAGGUUCCACUUCCUCCUAAUGGACAGAUGCCAGGGUUUGGCCUUCUUCCAACGCCUCCAUUUCCUCCCAUGGCUCAGCCUGUGAUUCCUCCUACUCCACCCGUGCAACCACCUUUCCAGGCUUCUUUUCAAGCACAGAAUGAACCACUUACACAGAAGGCACAUCAGGAAAUGGAAGUGGAACAGCCUUGUAUUCCAGAGGUUAAACGGCAUAUAUCUGAUAACAGAAAGUCGAGAUCAAGGUCAGCAUCGAGGUCACCAAAAAGAAGACGGUCUCGAUCAGGUUCUAGAUCAAGAAGGUCUCGGCAUCGACGUUCUAGAUCUCGAUCCAGGGACAGACGCAGACAUUCUCCUAGAUCUCGAUCCCAAGAGAGACGGGAUCGAGAAAAAGAAAGAGAACGCCGGCAGAAAGGCCUCCCUCAGAUCAAACCAGAAACUGCUAGUGUGUGUAGCACUACACUCUGGGUAGGACAGCUGGACAAAAGGACUACCCAGCAGGAUGUUGCCAGUCUCUUGGAAGAGUUUGGUCCUAUUGAAGCAAUUAACAUGAUUCCUCCCAGAGGUUGUGCCUACAUUGUUAUGGUUCAUAGGCAAGACGCUUAUCGCGCCCUGCAGAAACUGAGCCGAGGAAAUUACAAAGUGAACCAAAAAUCUAUAAAGAUUGCCUGGGCCUUAAACAAAGGAAUAAAGGCAGAUUAUAAGCAGUAUUGGGAUGUAGAACUUGGUGUUACGUAUGUUCCAUGGGACAAAGUCAAGCCUGAAGAACUGGAGAGUUUCUGUGAAGGAGGAAUGUUAGACAGUGAUACACUUAAUCCAGAUUGGAAAGGAAUUCCAAAAAAACCUGAAAAUGAGGUUGCUCAGAAUGGAGGAGCAGAACCUUCUCACACAGAACCAGUAUCACCUGUCCCUAAACCUUUACCUGUGCCUGUCCCUCCUAUGCCAGUUCCUGCACCUAUCACAGUACCUCCUCCACAGGUCCCACCACAUCAGCCAGGCCCACCUGUCGUCGGUGCUCUCCAGCCACCUGCUUUCACGCCUCCUAUGGGAAUUCCCCCUCCUGGCUUUGGUCCUGGUGUCCCUCCUCCACCACCACCUCCACCAUUUUUGCGCCCAGGAUUUAAUCCAAUGCAUUUGCCACCAGGUUUUCUCCCUCCUGGACCCCCACCUCCUAUAACUCCACCAGUAUCCAUUCCUCCUCCUCACACUCCACCAAUAAGCAUCCCAAACUCCACUAUCGCUGGUAUAAAUGAAGACACUACAAAAGACUUAUCUAUUGGAAAUCCCAUUCCAACAGUGGUAUCUGGGGCUAGAGGAAACGCCGAGUCUGGUGACAGUGUGAAAAUGUAUGGCUCUGCCGUGCCACCUGCCGCACCCACGAAUCUGCCUACCCCUCCUGUAACCCAGCCUGUUUCACUUCUUGGUACCCAAGGAGUUGGCCCUGGUCCCGUCAUUGGUCUCCAAGCCCCAUCCACCGGUCUUCUCGGCGCCCGGCCCGGCCUGAUCCCACUCCAGCGCCCUCCAGGAAUGCCUCCCCCUCACUUGCAGCGUUUCCCUUUGAUGCCACCUCGUCCCAUGCCGCCACAUAUGAUGCAUCGAGGUCCACCCCCGGGACCCGGGGGCUUCGGAAUGCCACCCCCUCAUGGAAUGAAAGGGCCCUUCCCACCACAUGGCCCUUUCGUCAGGCCGGGUGGCAUGCCAGGGCUCGGAGGCCCAGGGCCCGGCCCUGGGGGUCCUGAAGAUCGCGACGGAAGGCAGCCCCCUCCCCAACAGCAGCCACCACCACCACAGCCACCGCAGCAGCCGCCGCAGCAGCAGCCACCACAACAGCAGCAGCAGCAACAGCAGCAGCAGCAGCAGCCGCCGCCAGCUCAGCAGCCUCCGCCGACGCAGCCCCAGCCCCAAGCGUUUCGGAAUGAUAGCAGGCAGCAGUUCAAUUCAGGUAGAGACCAAGACAGGUUCGGAAGAAGAUCAUUCGGAAAUAGGGUGGAAAAUGACCGGGACCGGUACGGGAGCCGGAACGAUGAUAGAGAGAAUAGCACGCGGGAGAGGAGAGAGUGGGGAAGGAGGAGCCCCGACCGGGACAGGCACAGAGACUUGGACGAGAGAAAUAGACGCUGUAGCGGGCACCGAGACAGAGAGAGAGAUUCCAGGGAUAGAGAGUCGCGUAGAGAGAAGGAAGAGAACCGAGGGAAGGAGAAGCUGGAGGUGACAGACAGGGCGGGUGGUAACAAAACCCUUGAACCUCCCGCUAGCCAAGUGGGCCCUGUCAACCCUCUCCCUGAACUGGCUAAAGGGGAGUCUGAGCCUGCGGGUGUCAAACCCGCCGAAGAGCUUCCUGCUGCGGCUACCUCGUCCAUGGACCCUGAGAAGAAUUCUGGCUCAGCAGAAGCUCCUCGUUAGAGACUGGAAUUUGCCCUUCGUGCAGGGACACCUCCAGAGUGUAGAGCUUGAGAUGUACAGAUGCUGUAUUAUAUUUGCUCCCGCUGUACCACAGCCCCACGGUAGUUGGUGGGGAAUUGUAAGCAAUUUGAUUGCUUUCCUUCUAUUUAAAAAUAGCCACAAAAUAACAAAAAAUACUGAAAAUAUGAAUAAAUAUUACCCUUUUUGCUGUAACUUUUUAAAAGUUUUGACUUUAAAAAGUUUACAAAUCGUAAUUAGAAGUGCUCUCUAUUUUUUUUUUUUAAUUUAAGACAAGGUAACGGUGAAAGCUCCUCAAAACAAUAGGGAUGUUUUUAAUAAACUCUAUUUUCGUAACAAAC